CGGAAGGACUGAGGAGUCAUGCAUUUAUAGCUAUAAAUUUCAACUGACUUCCUUCUGAAACCAUCUUUUCUUAUCUACGACUACACAUUGUUUUUGUUUGAGCAAGAAUUCAAUUACAGAAAAUUACCUAAGUCAUGGCGUCGAGCACACUUGCUGUAAGGGAGAGUGGCCCCUCGAAGUUUGGAAAAGAACUGAGGAAAGACUUCUUGUUCGACGAGAAUUGGCUCAAUCUUAACCAUGGCUCUUUCGGAACCUAUCCUCGUAAGAUCCAAACCAUUCUUCGCGGGUUUCAGGACGAAGCCGAAGCCAGGCCAGACAAAUUCAUCCGCUAUGACUACCCCCAGUACCUUGAUGAGUCUCGCCUUGCUGUAUCAAAAGUUCUCAAUGCACCCGUCGAAGGUGUAGUCUUUGUGCCCAAUGCGACAACUGGCGUCAACACUGUCUUUAGAAAUCUCGUCUUCGAAAAGGGCGACAAGAUCCUCUAUCUCGACAAUAUCUACGGUGCAUGCGAAAAGACAAUCGCGUACAUCACUGAAACGACCCCAGCUGAGGCUAUCAAAAUGCAUUAUGAAUUGCCCUUCGAGGAUGACUCGUUCGUGGAGGACUUCAAGAAGACUAUCAAGCAGGAGCAGGAGAAAGGUUCUAAAGUCAAAAUUGCAUUGUUCGAUGCAGUCGUGAGCAUGCCAGGUGUCAGGCUCCCAUUCGAGCGACUCACAGAGGCAUGCCGAGAGCUGGGUGUCUUGAGCUGCAUUGAUGCAGCGCACGGCAUCGGACACGUGGAGAUCGACAUAGAGAAAUUGGACCCUGAUUUCUUCGUGAGUAAUUGUCAUAAAUGGCUUUUCGCGCCUCGCGGCUGUGCCGUGUUCUACGUUCCGGUCCGGAAUCAACAUCUCAUUCGCUCAACGCUACCGACUUCGCAUGGUUUCAUUCCACAACUCAAGCCCGGCGUCAAGAUUAGGACACCACUUCCUGUUGUUGGCGUCAAGUCUCUAUGGGUAUCCAAUUUCCAGUUUGUUGGUACCAUCGACAGUGCGCCCUAUCUUUGCGUUCCAGAGUCGAUCAAGUAUCGCGAAUCCAUCGGCGGCGAGAAGGCCAUUAUCGAUUACUGCCACAACUUAGCCAAGACAGCUGCAGCGCGUACUGCAGAGAUUCUGGGCACAGAGGUUAUGGACAAUUCUACGCGCACAAUCACAGAUUGCUGUCUUACAAACGUUCGCUUACCGCUCUCAUUGGCUGAGCUCGAACCAAUCGCUGUCAAAGCAGGAAUAGAAAAAGAUGACGUUGCAGGUGUUGCAACUGCUUGGAUGCACACGGCCUUCAUUGAAGACUAUGAAACCUUCCUAGCCUUGAUAUUUUACAAUGGAAAUUGGUGGGUCCGACUGAGCGCACAGGUGUACUUGGGUCUAGAGGAUUUUGAGUGGGCUGCUCAAAAGCUGAAAGAGGUCAUCGAGAGGGUCAAGAAAGGAGAAUUCAUUCCUAGUGGCAGCAAGUUGUAGAGGAUCAGGGAGAAUAGGAUUCGCCUUUCGCAUUGAUAUAACUUAGACUUGUUCCCUCAAAUCAU